ACCGCUCAGGAUGAAGUCAGUAGUGCGCCCUCUGGUGGACGUGGACGCUGCUGCAAUGGCCGGAGUGGAGAGCUGGGUUCCGUCUCGGUGUCGGUCCAAAAUGGAGCAGCUGCAGGAGUUCGUCAGGGAGCGGCUGAGCGCCGCGGCGGAGGAGAUAUUCGGGGCGGUGGAGAGAACCUUCUUAGAGCUGGAGAAGGAGGCGCUGGGGUCCAUGGAAGCGGUCAGAACCGGAACCACCGAGCUGCUGCUGACGUCAGCAGAACCGCUGCCAGCUGGGAAGGAUGCAGCCUCUCCGGACCUCCGGGCGUCAGGGGAACCAGCCUCCACAGAACCAGAGCAGGUUCUGGUAAAGCCCAUCAAAGAUGAGUUUUGGGACGGUCCAGGAUUCUGGCCCGGUCCGGACCAGGCGACCCUGAUGGAGCAGUGGAACAGCGACUCCGUCUGUCUGAAGCCGGAGCAGAACCACAGCGUGGUGGAGGAGGGGACGGCUCACACCUCCGCUAGCCCGGAAGCAGAAUGUCUGGACCGGUCGGACUUCUGCCAGCCGGUGUCGUCUGAAGGCGAGCCGGAGGCCGAGGAAUGCGCUGUGGGGGCCCGGAAGAGGCGGGCCCAGCAGAACGUCACUGCGUUCCACUGCGGGACGUGCGGAGAGUCGUUCCUCCGCAGGAGCUCCAUGGUAAUACACGCCAAGUCCCACGCUACGCCGUUUUCCCCGCUCUGUCCCUCGGAGCGUGCGGCGCCGGCGCCCACGGUGGACAACCUGUGCCACGUCUGCGGGAAGACCUUCACCACGGCCACCCAUCUCAAACGGCACAUGCUGAUCCACACGGGCCAGAGGCCGCACCGCUGCAAGGAGUGCGGGAAGACGUUCGCACGCGGCGAGUGUCUGAGGAUCCACAUGAGAAUCCACACGGUGGAGAGGCCGUACGCCUGCCAGCGCUGCCCCAAGAGCUUCAGGCAGAGGAGCAACCUGGUCACCCACAUGAGGAUGCACACGGGGGAGAAACCCUACCUCUGCAGCAUCUGCUCCCAGCCCUUCACCUACAAGAAGGACCUGAACAAACACACUCAGAGCCACAGCCUCAGCCCGGCGCCACUCUAA